CCAAGCCAACCCACGUCGCAUGAACGCCUUAUACUUCUCUCCACGUGACAGUAAGAUAUCGCCGCACGCCAUCCCCUUCCAGCCCUCAAACCGCCAAUCAAAGCGGGGAAGCUCCUAUCACGCACUCGGCUAAACCUUCCCUCACUCCACCCCGCAAUCGCAUCAGAUCAAGUGACCUCCAUCGAACCACCAACCAGCACUACCAACCAAACAAACAAAGUACAUACUAACCCCAGCCCCCGCCGCAUCUCCAGCCUCACCCACUACUUGAACCCCCAGCCUCACCCACCCACUGCACACCCACCCCCAACCAACCCCCAAUGGACCACGCCAAAGGCCCGCUCAGCGGCAAGAUCGCCCUCGUGACCGGCGCGACGGGCGGCAUUGGCACCGCCAUUUGCCGCCAGCUCGCCGCGUUGGGCUGCUCGCUCGGGAUCCACUACGCGUGGGACCAGGACGCUGCGCUGGCGCUGCUGGAGGAGUUCAAGGAGGACUACGUGUCGGUGUUCGGGAGCAAGUUCGUGUGCUAUGGGGCGGAUCUGGGGAACUACGAUGAGGUGCGCGAACUGCACGAGCACAUCGUCUCGCUCCUGGGGCCGCCCAACAUCCUGGUCAACAACGCAGGCACAUACGCCGCGAAAUCAGGCGUCGACAGCGUCGACGCCGUGCCCAUCGAGGACUUCGAGCGCACGUGGCGCAUCAACUGCGGCUCCGCGUACCUGCUAACCCAGCUGUGCAUGCCGGCCAUGGAAGGCGAGGGCUGGGGCCGGGUUGUGUUCAUCAGCAGCGUUGCUGGCAUCACGGGCGGCAUCAUCGGACCGCACUAUGCGAGCUCGAAGAGCGCGCUGCAUGGGCUGAUUCACUGGCUGGCGAUGACAUAUGCAAGGAAGGGGGUGACGGUGAAUGGGGUGGCGCCUGCGUUGAUUGAGCAGACGAAGAUGCUGCCGGGGACUUCGGAGGAGCUUGCGCAGAAAAUUCCAGUUGGGAGGCUGGGUACUCCGGAUGAGGUUGCUGAGACGGUGCUGUGGAUGAUCAAGACGUCGUAUGUGACGAAUAAGGUCAUCGCGGUGGAUGGCGGAAUGUUUCCGCAGUAGGUUCCGAGAGGGAAGAACAGCGUGGGGCGGUGUUCCGGGCUGAACGGGCGUUCAUCGGAAAAGGGCCUGGAGUAAUUGGGAAUACAUUUCAUGAAUUAUAAAUGGUAUUUCGCUAUGAUGCUGGAACCGGCGCAUUCCAUGCAGCCUUUACCGUAGCAAACCAAACGUACCAGAAGUCUAAGUUUUAUGC